AUGCACGUAUCCCCAGUUCCACCCAAUAUAGACGAUGCCCUUUCAUCUAGUGACAUCAUCGUGCGCGAAGGCGAAAAUGUGACGCUACGCUGCAAGGCGAAAGGCAGCCCCGAGCCGACCAUCAAGUGGAAAAGAGAUGACGGCGACAAAAUAGUUGUCAACAAGACGCUCUUAGUGCAUGAAUUGGAGACGGACUCCCUAGAACUGGAAAGGAUUUCUCGCUUGCAUAUGGGUGCCUACCUAUGCAUCGGCUCAAACGGUGUACCGCCAAGCGUAUCCAAGCGGAUAAAAGUGAGCGUAGACUUCACACCAAUGGUCUGGAUCCCGCAUCAGCUUGUGGGCAUACCAAUGGGACUUAACAUCACCCUUGAGUGCUUCAUCGAGGCGAACCCGACCUCACUAAACUAUUGGUCUCGAGAAAACGAUCAAAUGAUCACUGAGUCGUCCAAGUACAGCGCAAUUUAUCAACUAUUCCCUUGAAGCCAUUGCCUGCGCCAAUUAUUUCGACAAUGUG